AUGGCUUUCGAUCAAAUUUGUGGUAGAAAUCUCCAAAAGCUCAUACGUUUCUCUUCAACGGUUUCCUUCUUUUCACUCAUAAACCAAUACACACCAAAUUGUCUACACAUCCAAAAACACAACUACACCAAUGUAUACAUGAAAUGGAAAAAAGAUUCAUACUUGGAGUCAAUUGAUACAAUCCACAAAUCCAUCGAACUCAAACCAAUACUUGCUCUUAAGAACUGCAUCACUACCUCUCUAGAAGGAUGCAUACCCAUCUCCGAUGUUUCAAAGAAAGGCUUACAAUUAGAUGUACCCAUUAAGGUUGCCAGGUUUCUUAGACUAUACCCUUCUAUUUUCGAAGAGUUCAUCGGACCCAAAUACAAUUUGCCAUGGUUUAGGUUAACCCCAGAGGCUGCUAUGCUUAAUGAUGAAGAACAAACCGUUUAUAGGGAUUAUAAGGCCGAUUUACAAGAAAGGUUGAAGAAAUUUAUAUGUAUGAGUGUUGAAAAUAGAUUGCCAUUGAAGAUAAUUCAAGGUAUGAUAUGGUACUUGGGGUUACCAGAUAAUUACCUGAGUAACCUGGAAGAAAAUAAUCUUGAUGAGUGUUUUAAGGUAGUUGAAAUGGGCGAUGGGUUGAAAGGGUUAUCUGUUGUGAAAACCGAAAAAGACGAAAAGAUAUUAUCUGUAUUUGAAAGUAAUGCAUUGAGGAAUGGAAAGGGUAUUUCAAUUCCAUUGUUUCCAUCUAAAGGUUUGAGGUUGAAGACAAAGAUUUUGGAUUGGUUGGACCAUUUUCAGAAACUUCCGUAUGUUUCACCAUAUGAGAAAUGCCCCCCGGAUUUAUACCCAGAUAGUGAUGUGGCUGAGAAACGUGUUGUGGGUGUGCUCCACGAGUUGCUUAGUCUGUUUGUUGAACAUUCUGCAGAAAGGAAGAAGCUUUUGUGCUUGAGAAAGUAUUUGGGAUUGCCACAAAAGGUUCAUAAGGCGUUUGAGAGACAUCCCCAUGUGUUUUAUCUAUCUUUAAGGAACAAAACAUGCACUGCAAUAUUAAAGGAAGCGUAUUAUGAUGAAACAGCCAUAAAGGUCCAUCCUCUUGCCCAAGUAAGAGCAAAGUACAUUGAUUUGGUGAAGGAAUCGAAAUGUAUUUUGAAAAACAGAAGACAAGGGAAUAGAAAUUUGAAGGGCGAAGAUGAACUCAUGAUGCAAGGUCAGGAAUCAGGAUAA